GUAAAUUACUUCAAAAUUACAGUAAAUAUAUGUCAAUUUCAAUCUUUUUAAUUUGAAAAUUGCAUAUCUUGGAAAUAAUUAAAAAUUGUAGCUGUUAUUCAAAUAUCAUUCAAAUAGAAGCGGCAACUGUCUACAUAACAUCUUGAAGCUAACUUCAGAUCACCAGGAAAAAUGGCGUUCAUAUUGAUUAACACCACAAUUAACUGCCAAAAAAGUUAAGCUGGGAAGGUCAUUUAGAUUCCACAGAUCAAAAUAACAAUAUUACAAUGACAUCCGAAGAUCUUUUACAACCAGGGCAUGUUGUGAAAGAACGAUGGAAGGUGGUAAAAAAAAUUGGCGGCGGAGGUUUCGGUGAAAUUUACGAAGGAUUAGAUUUAAUUACUCGCGAACAAGUUGCACUUAAAGUGGAAUCUGCCCGACAACCUAAACAAGUGUUGAAAAUGGAAGUAGCUGUCCUUAAAAAAUUACAAGGAAAAGAACACAUAUGCAGAUUUAUUGGCUGUGGUAGAAACGAUCGCUUCAAUUAUGUUGUGAUGCAAUUACAAGGUCGUAAUUUGGCAGAAUUAAGAAGGGCCCAACCGAGAGCUGCCUUCAGUUUGUCCACUAGUAUGCGAUUAGCUUUACAAAUUCUCAGAUCCAUCGAAAGUAUACAUUCUGUUGGAUUUUUACAUCGUGAUAUUAAACCUAGUAAUUUUUCAAUGGGUAGGCUACCAUAUAAUUGUAGGAAAGUGUACAUGUUAGAUUUUGGUCUUGCCAGGCAAUAUACGACGGCAACGGGCGAAGUUAGAGCACCCCGUGCCGCUGCUGGUUUUAGGGGAACUGUACGUUAUGCCAGCAUUAAUGCUCACAAAAACAGAGAAAUGGGCAGACACGACGAUCUCUGGAGUUUAUUUUACAUGCUAGUCGAAUUUGUUAACGGCCAAUUACCAUGGAGAAAAGUCAAAGAUAAAGAACAAGUUGGUUUGAUGAAAGAAAAAUAUGAUCACAGAUUAUUUUUGAAACAUUUGCCGUCCGAUCUAAAACAAUUUCUCGAUCACAUUCAGAGUUUGGAAUAUUCUGAUAAACCCGAUUAUCAGAUGUUGAUAUCUCUGUUCGAGCGUAGCAUGAAACGAAGAGGGGUGAAGGAAUCAGAUCCGUACGAUUGGGAAAAACCGACGCAGACGGAUAAUCAAAUCGUAUCGCAACCGACGGUGACGGGUACGACGACGCAACAGGCCACCGCUCCCACGACCGUUCCCAGACAUACUAGACACACACCCACCACUGAUAAUAAUCAAGAAAACAUCGAACCCACCGACAACAAAGAGGCCCAACUAGACGCGAGAAGACGUAUAGAAACAGAAAAUACCGCACCAUUAGUAACAGAUACCCAAAUAAAUGCAUCCAGACCAAAUGUUGACAAAAACUGCAACGCAACUGCAGUAGAACAAGUUCAAGCUCGUAAACGUCGUGCGACAUCCCACUUGGACCAACCGCCUGAUAGGUUAGAUAAUGAAGCCGUAGCUUCGGCCAAAUCGACGUCGGACGCCGUCAAACCGGCGCCUUUACGUAAAAGUCAAUCCGGUGUCGCUACCGUGGGUAGAUUACGCGUCGUUACACCGCCCACGCCGGCUCAGCAAGUACAAACUACUGCCAGUUUGGUAGAUUCGCCCGCUACGCCGGAUCAAGAAAAACCUAGAAGGAGACCACCGUCGGCUGUUAGGAGUUCACGUUCCGGCAUGAGGGAUCAAAGUUUGACCCAAUUUGCUGUUAUGGACGACGAAAAUGUCAGUCAGCAGAUGACCAGAGGGGGGGCUUUAACGUUGGCGAGUCAGUGGAAGUCUCAGUUCGAUGAUAGUGAAGAAACUACGGAUAACGAAUGGAAACCGGAAAGUCCAGAACAUAAGGGUACCUUAGGGGUGCAAUCCGAAGCCGCCGCCGCCGCAGUUUUACCUCCGAUAUUGAGUAGAAUAAGCGAAGAUUCACGUACUAGUCAUAGAAAGUAUAUAAAUAUAGCCGGUAUUGAGGAAUAUCCGGAAUUAGUCGGUGGACUUCCUAGAGCUUGGUCGACCCCUUGCUUAGGUCCUUGCGUACGGUCCACUUUGAAACCGCCGCUUUUACAACAAGCCGCUUUCGACGAUCUCGUUUUUAAAGUAGACGUUAUGAGAAACGUUGCUUCGAAACAUUUAAUCAGCGAUCAAGACGAAGAUACCAAAGUCAUCAUCGAUUCGUAUAGAUAUUCCAGUUUACCUGGAAUCAAUCUUCCCGAUGUCGAAGGAUACAAGAACGACGACAAAAAUAUACAACGAGAUCAAAUCGGCGAAGAUGAAGGACUGCAAGAGGUGGCGGGAAAAUUAGAAAUAAGAGUAGUGCCAAAAGAGCAAUUGAAUAAAAAUAAAAUAUCUAGACCGCAAAAUUUGGUUUCGAAACCCCUGGUACAAAACGGCAAUCGAGAAGGACCUAACAACGAUAUCCAAAUAAACAGCAAGGAGUCGCCGCAAAAACCGAAAAUAGAAAGAACCAAAAGUAUUUUGAAACAGAGCAGCAAAGAAAAGAGCGACCUACAAGAAUUGUCCAGUCCGAAAAGGGAGAAUAUUUCGUUUGCUCCUGAGGUUUUAGAUAAUAAAUAUUAUGUGGAAUCGUUGGAAAAUUGUAACCCGAUGGUGAUAAAUACUGGAAUUCAAACGGCAGAAGAUCGCGAAACGCAGUGCGACAUUAAAAGAAACGUAGAGUUGGAUAAAAUUAAUACAGUGUGCGUUGAAACUGGUGGUGUGUCGCCCAAAACUAGUGAUAAACAAAUUAGUACUGAUGUUCCCGCUGCCAAAACUGAAGGCGAGACUAGCAGUACCGAGACGGAUCACAAAGUGCCGAAAGAAGACGCAUCUCAACAAGAAGAUAGUUUGGAAAGUUCAAAAAAGAAGAAGAUCUAUCGGAAAUCCAGCGUCGAUUCGGAUCGUUUGUGUCGAAGUAAUUCCCCGAAGGCCGUUUUGAAACCGUUAGAGGCUGUGAAAAAUAACGCGGGCGAUUCGAAAUCGUCCGAAAGUAGUUCGAGUACGCAGUACAGAAAAAAGGGAGGAGGCGAAGGUAGAGGGGAAAGUAGGGAGCAGAAGCAGAGGGUUAAGUGUUCACCGGGACACGAUCUCGGUACUAAUACUAAUAACGUUACGUUUGUGUCCAGUACUAGCAUUCCAGAGCAGAGAGAAAAAAGGUCUAUAGCGAAUGGAUUGAGCCCCGGAAUGGAUGAACAGUCUGAGUAUUACGAUGCCACUGAAAAUACUAUAAUGAAGGAUAAACGUCAGGAACAGGACGACGAGGAUAGCGGCGUCGAUAAUGCUAGUCAAAUUUUGAGAGAAACUUCGGUAAGUCCGGCGAUGGAAGGUCGUUUUUCGAAAAUUCCAGUAGCUGUUACAGGCAGUGGUCAACGUAUAGCGAAAUGUAUGUCUUGGUCGGGUGAUUUGACGCCGGGCCUUAGACGACGUAGACAAAAUGAAAAAUACGUAACCGAUCCCAGUCAGCUUAAGCUUAGAUUUAAGAGACACUCUAGUGGCGGUCUACGGGUACGAGGUAUAUCGACAUGCCUCAUAGACGCUCCAGAAAGUUCGCCUGAAUCGUCGGAAGGACAACAACAACCGCCGCCACCUCCUCCUCCUCUUUCGCAAGGGGAUCCGCCGUCUGAAUCGCAGGUGCGUUGCCGUCGAUUCAGACCGAUCACAUAACCUAACAAUUUUGUUGUGAAAAGGGUGCGGGGCACUCUGCGGACGUGAUUUUUUAAUUGUUGUUGUGAUUCGGGGGUACAAGAUCUCGGCUUGUUUAGAAAAAAAAAUCUAUAUAUAUAUACGAGGUGCGAGAAAAUUAGUAGUUAUUACCUUCCAAGUUUUUCUUAGAUGCCUCGAAUAAAUACUAAAUCAAAAAUAAUCGUUACGCGACGUAUUUUUGGUGGAAAAAUUGUUUUUCCCAAGCGGAAAAUUUAUUGUUGAUGACACGGAUUUUAUAAAAUAUUUUUUUGCAAUCUUUUUUUUUUUCUUCAUGAAAUUGUGUUUUGGUUGUGGUGUUAUUUUCUUUCAAAUAAAAUCUCGAUACCAAUUUUUUUUCUAUUUUGAGUCUUUUUUUGUUUUAUCUACAAUUGCGCCAUUGCCAUAAAAUAAUUUAUAGAAUCUACAAAAUUUUUUCCGAAAAUUCGAUUAAUAAAUUAUUUUUAACAAUUUAUAAUUUAUUUUUUUACGAAUUUUAAGGCUGAUUUAAUAGAUCUCGAUAUAUAUAUAUAUACCUCACACUGUACGAUAGGUGGUAAAAACGCACUAUGUUUUUUUUUGUUGAGUUAAUAAGUAGAAAAAACUUGUGAAGGGCUAAUUUCUAUUUUUUUUUCUUUUUUUUUUUUGGAGUCUCAUAUAGCAUUACUAUAGUAAUGCGUAACGUAUUUUAUAGAGAAAAGUGUCUUGUGUAACAAGAAAAUUUUGAAAAAAAAAAUAA